UUAUUACUAAGAAAAAAGAAAAAGAAAAUGUCGCAAAACACCAGAAAUUGAAAAAUAAAAAGAAGAAAGCAAAACCCUCUUCCCGGUUCAUCUGGAAGACGCCCAACGGCUCCGAUCACUGCACGAUAUAUAAUACUUUGCCGCGCAUUCGAGCAAAACCCCAUUUGAACGAACAAAUGUAAACGCUCAAUCGGCAUGAAGAUGCAAUCUUUGAACAAUGGCUAUGCAAUCCGAACCCUCAGCCCCAAACCCAAUUGCUCCGCGGAGCUGAAACUCCCAGCAAACGUCCGAUCAUGCGCUCCGGAACAGGACCUUCGAGGCCAAUCCGUCGCUAUUGUUGGGUUGGGAAAAUCUGGGAGAGCUGCGGCCAGGCUUGCUCUUGCCAGAGGUGCUUCAGUUUUCGCCUUCGAUCAGAACCCGAAUCUGCGUCUUUUAGAGCAAUUGGGAUUUGUAAAACCCUCAUUUCACCGAAUUUCCCUGCCUUCAUCGUGCAUACUUCUAGUGGUUUAAGUUCUAGUUGGUUGCAGAAAGAUCCGCUCUUUGAGAAGCAAUAUGACGGAAUAGGUGCAUUGAAAACAAUCCUGGGUGAAUUUGAUGAGGAGCUACUUAAUAAUGCGGACAGGGUUGUGGUGUCCCCUGGAGUUCCCCUACAAAAUUAUGGUCUUUCCUCUUUGUUGCAGUCAGGAAAGCAGGUAAUGUCUGAGUUGGACUUUGCUGCUGAAAUUCUCCCAGAAAGUGUAAAGAUUUUAGCAGUGACAGGGACCAAUGGAAAAUCAACCGUAGUCACUUUUGCUGGACAGAUGCUUAGUCAUUUUGGAAUCGAGACAUUUGUUGGGGGUAACCUUGGUAACCCACUCUCAGAGGCUGUUUUCCAAUGCUUACAGCCACCUUCUUCAAAACCCAAGUUUAAGGUUGCAGUUGUGGAGGUUAGCAGUUAUCAAAUGGAGAUUCCCAGCAAGUACUUCUGCCCUUCUGUUGCUGUGGUGUUAAACCUUACACCUGAUCAUCUAGAAAGGCAUGGGACAAUGAGGGAUUAUGCACAAACUAAAUGCCGGUUAUUUUUUCACAUGACUGGUGCCAAGCUUGGGCUUCUUUGUUUUGGAAACCAGUACUUAGAUGAAGCAAUUAUUGAAAGCUUGAAUGAACUUAAUCUUGCGUGGAUAGGAGCCAUUCCAGGUGUGAAAAUUGACAUGGAGACAAAAAUUGCAAGCUUAGAAGUGCCUGCAUUGGGAGUCAAUUCACAACUACAAUUGGGGGCAAUGAAAACGAUGGGGGGACACAACUUUCACAAUGCUGCGGUGGCUGCUCUGUCUGUUGUUGGACUGAAUGUUGGAGUUGAUGUUGAAGCCAUAGGUCCAUGUAUUGAAAAAUUAAGGGCACCACCUCAUCGUAUGCAAAUUGUAUGCAAGGAUAUCCAUGGAGUGACCUGGGUCGAUGACAGUAAGGCAACAAAUGUGGAAGCAACAUACACAGGACUAAUGGAUCUAAAGAAACAAAAGUCUGUGGUUCUACUUGGGGGCCUUGCGAAGGUGUUAGAUGGACAAGAGUGUAAUGGUUUUGAACGACUGAUAGAACCUUUGAAGUACCAGAGAUGUGUAAUCACGUUUGGGUCUUCCGGAAUGCUGAUUCAGAAGACGCUGUCUGAUAACGGACUUAGCAUUCCCUGCAUCAGAGCCGUAAAUCUUAAGGAUGCUGUCAACUGGGCUAGGAGGAUGGCAGAACAUGGGGACAGUAUUGUAUUAAGUCCAGGCUGUGCAAGCUUUGAUGAAUUUAGAAAUUUUGAGCACAGAGGAAUGUUUUUCCAGGACCUAGCAUUCACAUACGUCUCUGGGUAAAAUUCUCCAGCCAGGAUGAAUAUUUCGUAUUUGAGCUCGAAAAUUGUUAGUCCUUCGAUCUGUACUAGUAUUGUAAGGGGCAUUUUCCCCAGCUGCUCUCUCCUUUAAUGUAUUUUUCGCAAUGUUUUCGACAAUUCAUAAAUCAAUCCUUUUCUUUUGC